GCUUUUUGAAGAAUUCACACUUGACCACUAGUUGCACAUCAUCCCGAAUUAGUUACAGACAUUUUUCUUGCAUUUCGGCUCACCAUAAUCACCUUCCUACCGAUAAGUAAAUCGGGCUCCAACUUUCUUCCAUGCGUGAAAUUGUUUGGGCAAUUUUUAACUUACCACCCGUGGAUUUUCACUUACCGAACACGUUGUGCAGAAACAGUUGCCGUCCCAACACCAACUUGCGCUUUUUCAUUUCGGCUUAUUUAUUAACACCCUAGGGCAUUAGAUUGUGAGUUCGGCCUGCAAAGCCUGAUAUCCAGAAGUAACGCUCUUUGGUGUUUUCGUUUCGCGAAACGCUUGUUCACUAAGCACGCCGAUUUCAAUUUCAAAGGCGUGCGUGACGUGCUGUCGUUUCGUUGCUUCCCACCGGGACCUUUGCCUGUUUCAUCACUAAGAGCUCGACUAUUUACGCGUCAGUACCUGCAAGUCGCUCUUUAUCCCUCCGAAUCCUCGACUAGUUUAUGUUCGCUGAAUCUUCCAGCCACUUGAUUUCCACGUGUUGCCCGAACUGGAUUUCCAAUCAAACCUGCACGCGCACGAUUUGGAUGUUCCCCCCUUGGAUGAGAACCUCGAGAAGUCAGUUCACGUGAAGCUAUUUUCCAUGCCAAUCGGACUGAGACUGGAUGCCCUAGCUGCUGGGGGCCAGGACGGUUGUCGGGUGUUACAAGUCCUCAAAGGUGGUGCUAUCCACUUCACUGGAGUACUGCAUCCGAACGAUUACAUAACAUCUCUGAAUGGCACUUCAAUGCGAAAUAUGACAAAUUUAGAGGUCUUCAAUUUGCUCAAGUCUCUGGAUACGUGUGACAGUUUAGAAAUCUCUUUUCUCCCUGCGGAUGUUGUGAAGAAACAUAGAUCGUCACAUUUAGGUCCUGAACGUCUUGCGUCCUUGUUGAAUGGCCCUACAGUCAACGCAAAUAAUUCAUGGCGCGAAGCGAAGGCAUGGAACGGGACCAUGGAUGAGAUCGUACUAAAUCGCCAUCUCACGGAAAGAACGUGGGGAUUGGAGUUAUCCGGCACCGCUGUGGUCCUUCCUCCCCCAGUGCCUCCCUACCCGAUGCUAGACAAUCCCACGUUCGUGGCCAGCAUCGUUCCGAACAGUCCAGCGGAUCGCAUCGGUCUCCAACCUGGUGACCUUAUACUAAAGAUCGAUAAUCAGGACGUGAGUAACUUGGGCCCGAAAAAAGCUAGCGACUUACUCCGACAGCAGGCUGAGAGUGAGGCACGACAGCUGAGGCUUGGUGUUCGGUAUUGUACUUCAACGCCUCCCUACCCUGUUGCUCCAGGAAAGUCCGAGAGACAGUUAGUGGUUGUUGAUGUGGAACCCGGACCCAAGCCUGUUCUCCUAAAUCACCAGAUAACAAGCCCUCGUCAGUCUGGACCUACAUCCCCGCUCAGUUUUGAUCGUGUUCGGGCUGACAAGCUUACGGGAGAUUCGUCCCUCAGUUCCAGUCAACUGGAGGCCCCUGAGCCAUUGUCUGAAUUGGAUUCUCGUGAUGAGCUGAAUGUUUUAUCUCGUCCAAUCCGAGCGUCUGUGGGUCACAUGAAUGGUGGACUGGUUGUGGAUUCGGGAGAGGAAUCAGCAAACCUUGCUUUAAUUUCCGGCCCCGUGUUAGACGACGAUGUGUCUCCGUCUGUCAACGUAGAUUACAGACAGCGAUCACCUCCUACCCCACCCCCACGCCUUUUCUCAAGUGGUUCAAUACCGUUCUCCAUCGACCAAGAUCUAUUGAAUCUUCCUGAUGUCGAAGACGAUCCUGUCACUUUGUACACUCGCACUGAUCCACCUGGCGAUCGCAUUGUCACAGUGCCUAUCAGCCUCCCCCCGACGUCCGCCACUGUCUCGUCAUCAUCACGCGUGGAAACCCUCGGUAUUCGUUUGGUUAUGGGUCGCCUUCCUGAGUCACGGUCCACUUAUGUGGCGGGACUAACUCCUGGUUCCUUGGCCGCAAAUCAGAACAUUCUUCGGGUCGGGGAUGAGAUUGUCCAGGUCGAGCGAAAAGAUGUUCGGCGAUGGGGUCAUCUGGCUGUGCGACAGUUUAUCCAUCGUCUGCUUCUUGAGAAGACUAGCGCAGACACCGCUCCCACCGAUGUGCGCACUAUUUCUCUGGUUGUUCGACGCAAUCCUAUCAAUCUGCAACAAAUGGCGAUCCCAACCGUGCAAGAGCGCACUCCCGCUGAAUGGGAUUGGGGAACUCCACAACCAUUAUCAAACCAUGUGGGAGAGAAUUCUCCGUUAGACGCGAUUGAUGGAGGGUCAGUCAGCCAAGAUAUGCUAGAGAAAAUUUCCAAACUGUUGAACGAACCACUGGAUUUGUUCGAAAUCUUCAACCUCAGCCUAAAACGCAACGAAAACGGUUACGGCAUUUUCAUCGUCAACUACGGUCCAAACGACACUCCUGGUAUUUUUGUCUCCGAAUUACCUCCAGACGGAGCCGCUGCUAUGCAAGGUGCCUUGCGUCCGUUCGAUCGGAUUUUGGCUGUCAACGGAGAGAUUCAGCAAGAUUAUGACGCCACUUUGCAAUUGAUGAAACAAUCUGCGAGUCAAGUUCGCCUGACGGUUGCACGCCGUAGGACACCUAUGCCCCCCGCCGCCGCGGCCCAACCCGUGGCCACGUCUUCACCGGCACCACCCCCCGGCCCACCUACGGCACUUCUGCCACCGCUUCCAAACAAUCCAAUCAUUCCCGGACAAGCAACAUUGAUCGAGUUAGUCCGUGGAGCGGGUAGCUCUCUGGGCUUUUCCAUAGUUGGUGGAAAAGACACUUUACUUGGGGAUAUCCUCGUCCACUCCAUCCGUGAGGAUGGAGUGGCUGCAGCCGACGGGCGCCUUCAUGUCGGGGAUCGGUUGUGGGCCAUCAACGACGUCGAUCUGCGGGGAGCUGACCAUAUCAUCGCUAAGCAUCUUAUACAGUCCGCUCGUGAUAACAUUCGCCUACUUGUCUAUCGCGAUCCACCCUCUUUCCCCGACAAAUCGGCGGAGCCCGAACUCGUCCGAUGUGUGUUGGACCGUGCACCGGGACAGAGUCUCGGUUUGUCUCUCAUCAGCCGAUCACCAUACGGACCAGGCACGGCGAUUGGCUCAGUGCUGGAAGGCACGCCAGCCGAACAUUGCGGACAAUUCCAGCCGAGAGACGUUCUGGUUGAAGUCAACGGCGUCGAUGUCCGUCUGGCUCAAACCCAAGAAGUUGUAUCCAUGCUCAAGAACGCUACCGGUAGCGUGAGUCUAGUGGUGGAACGCCAGCCCGAUUCCAAACGACCGCUUCACCCACCACGCGAACCAGUUUGUCGUUUGCAGCUCUACCUUGUGGCUUUGUGUCGUCCCGGUUCUGGUGCCGUAACACAUGCCCAAGCCUCUCAAUCUUCCGUGGGUUUCAUCGAGCCCUUGUUAGGCUCUAGCAAUGCAGAAGGCAGUUUCGGGCUUUUCCUACGUCAAGCCACAGAGGAAGAGAUUACCGAAGCUGGCGGUCAAUUAAUCGUGGAUGAUAUUGCCCCCGGAAGUCCGGCUGCACUGUCGGUCAUGAUCAAACCUGGUGAUCGUUUGCUAAGUGUGGAUCGUGAGCCGGUCGAUUGGCUCCAACCGGAGGAAGUGUUUCAGUUACUGGCGGGAAUGUCCCAAUGCACUCUGGAGUUAGGCCGCAUACCGAUUCCGCCCUACCCGGUCGACCCGGGUUUGUCGAUGGCCUGUUAUCCCAACGAUCAGCCACCAUAUCCAACAAUAACAGACGGACUUCCCCCUAUGCUGAGUGGCGUCAUGCCUACCGUCCAGACAGAUGUGCGGUUUAUUGACGCAGUCGAAGAAGAACAGGAGGACCAUGGACUUCCAGUUACGGAACACACCCAGAACGCUUACGGUCUGGAGACCAAUGAAGAUCACAGUGAGAGCAUAAGCUCCGGUGCCAGUUCUGUACUUGUACGCGAGGCGGUAGCAAAGGCGGAAUCUGCCACGGGAUUCCAAGUGAAGCAGUUUUACCUCCCACCGGCCGUACCUGAUAAGUCUUUGGGCUUGCGUUUAACCAAAGGUCCCGGGAUUGGUGGGGCCAUUGUGGUCAGUUUGGAACCGGCGUCCGUUGCCGCUGAGGUCGGUCUACGAGUGGGCGAUCGGAUCCUUGGCCUGGAUAGUCAGCUGUUACUUGCCCAAGAGCCAGGCACUUCCUCUCGUAUGUUACUGAAACGCAUAGACGAUGCUUGGCGCCACCGUGGUGACACACGAAACAAUCCCGUCAGUUUGACGGUUAUAACAGCUUCUGCCUCCUCAGAAUUGAGGAAUGCUAACCCAUCUCUCACCGUUGCUCCUAAAGAGGAUGCCCCGAAAGCACCUAGCAGCUGUCACAACUCUACCCACUCGCGAUCCUCUUCGGGCGACCCUCUUCGACUACACGUCAUGACAGACGACUUGCACAAUACCGAGCAGAGCCUGGGCUUGGCUGACUCGCCCCCAGAUCGUUCAGAUGAAAUAUACGAGAAUGAGCCCUCCUCGGUCGUCACGUCCUCCGAUCAGCCAAUGAUCAGCCCGGCUUCAGAGUCACACUCAACUGAACCAGCCUCCAGCGGAGGUGUCAAUGGGAACUGCGAAAGCCCGGACUCGGGUGUCGAUGCGGAACUUUUAAAUUCCCUACACGCAUCUGUUGAGCGCAGAGCGUCCGACAGAUAACUCAUCAAUCUUCUUAUUACAAAAAUCGAAUUCGCUUACGGCCGGUAUUAGUGGAAAGAUAGAGAGGAAUGCUUACUCGUUUUCUUUUGGUGCAAUUUCGGACAAACUAACUCAUUGUCCAGUCAUCUUCGCUUGACUGACGGUACGCUCCACUAUUUUAAAGCCUCACUUCAUCCGAUCUCUUGUGGCCUCCGUAUCGAUCAUGUUGGAUUAUUUUUUGUUCCAUGUGACGAUUUCCAGAACUCUGAUUUCCAUUCAUCACUUUGUACACUGUUUUAUGUGAUUUAAAUUCACAUGCCACCUCCCUUGUGCUACGAUUCUAAUUCCAUAUUUCCUAGCCCUUCAAUUCAAACGUUCCACAGGUUAGCUAUUUUUUUAUUAAUCCGCUUGCGUGAGUACUGCGCACACAAGUUGAUUGUUUUCAUAGAUCAGUGGUCUGUGUCUGCAAACUGUAGCCGAAUAUUCGCACUGUUCCUUCCAAACGGAUGCACUUUUCUUUGAUAUCCGAUAUUCCUCUCCGUUGUACCAUAACACACCUUGAUCUUCAGACAUAAUUCAAAUGCUUUGGUUCCUUCGGGACCAUCCCAGCCUUUCCGACUUGAAUUGAACGGGCACCGGUUGUCCACUGUAUUGAUUUUUCUUUUUGCAUUUCUUCUACUUUCCUUGCAAUUUUGUCACCUUAGUGCUUCCGUUUGCGGAUGUGCGUCGCGAUUUUGAUUGGGCAAUCGAUCGCCGCGCGAUUGCACUGCCACUGCAAUGAAUUACUCCCUCAACUUUGCCUUCAUCGGGGUCAUUUUGUAACCCAUUCCGUCUGCCCCCGUUUAUUGAUCAGAUUAGUGUUUUUCUUACACUUGAAGGCCGAAAUUGAAUACAAUCGCCGCUUGUUAGCACACAUC